AGACGGUAGGUGUAUUCGAUAUAUGAUACAUAUUUCAUUUGGUAUUUUUAGUAUCGCCGCAAUUCUUCACUGAAAAUUUCGAUUGUAGCAAAGUAUAAUGCUGAAAUUAAAGGUAUUACAAAUAAAUCAACAUUGAAAGAGUUGCAUAUCAAAUUUCAUUCGUUUAAAGUUUCAUUCGAUAUAUUUCGAUAUGCAAAGCGAGAAUCUUUGCGAAGUACAAGUAGACUGCAGUAGACAGUAGACUGGUUUGAUUGGAUCUAAACAGAUCUAAACAAAAUGGAUAUGUGUUGAGUGGAUACGUCUUACAGUAAAUUCUUACUGCACGAGUUUCAUGAAUUAUAGUGAAAUCUAAACGAAACGAGAAAGGAAUAAUUACUUCGUAUUAAUUGAAAAUAAAGAAAAUGUUAACUGCUGCUGCGAAUUCCUUAUCAAAUAACGGAGGGUCUUACAGCAAUGACAGACCGUCAAGUACAGCAGAUGUAGAACUUGCAACUGAUCCUGCUUCUGGCGGAUUUUUUCAUUCUGAUUACAAAAAACAUGACGAUUUGAAACAAAUGUUGGACAGUAAUAAAGAUGGACUUAAGCUGGAAGCUAUGAAACGUAUAAUUGGGAUGAUAGCGAAAGGAAGAGAUGCAUCGGAAUUAUUUCCUGCUGUAGUCAAAAAUGUUGUAUCUAAAAAUAUUGAAGUGAAAAAAUUAGUUUAUGUGUAUUUAGUCCGUUAUGCAGAAGACCAACAAGAUCUUGCCCUUUUAUCUAUUUCUACAUUCCAGCGAGCAUUGAAAGAUCCUAACCAGUUAAUAAGAGCCAGUGCUUUAAGGGUGCUCUCGAGCAUACGUGUUACUAUGAUUGUGCCUAUUGUAAUGCUUGCUAUUAAGGAUUCGGCUAGCGAUAUGUCGCCAUAUGUUCGGAAAACUGCUGCCCAUGCAAUACCUAAGCUCUAUUCUUUAGAUCCUGAUCAGAAAGAGGAGUUGAUAAGUGUUUUAGAAAAGCUGUUAUCCGAUAAGACAACUUUAGUUGUGGGUUCAGCAGUAAUGGCUUUCGAAGAAGUUUGUCCUGAAAGAAUAGACUUAAUACACAAGAAUUACAGAAAACUCUGUAACUUGUUAGUAGAUGUUGACGAGUGGGGCCAAGUUGUCAUAGUGAACAUGCUUACAAGAUAUGGACGAACACAAUUUGUUAAUCCUAACAUAGAUAAUAUAGAAGAAGACGAAAAUCGCCCAUUCUACGAUUCUGAUUCUGAUUCAUCUAAUACAAAGAAACCAAAAUUAUCGUUAGAUCCUGAUCACCGAUUAUUAUUACGAAACACAAAACCCCUUUUACAAAGUAGAAAUGCCUCUGUGGUAAUGGCGGUGUCUCAAUUAUACCAUCACACAGCACCACGAAGCGAAGUAAUUAUUGCUGCUAAAGCACUCAUAAGGUUAUUAAGAGGACACAGGGAAGUGCAGAGUGUAGUUCUUCAUUGCAUUGCUAGCAUGUCAAUUACCAGAAAGGGGAUGUUUGAACCGUUUCUUAAGUCGUUCUUUGUAAGAACUUCUGAUCCUACACAUAUAAAGCUUCUAAAAUUGGAUAUUUUAACGAAUUUAGCAACAGAAACUAGCAUCGGAGUUAUCCUAAGAGAAUUUCAAACAUAUAUUUCUAGUAGCGAUAAAGAAUUCGUGGGAGCAAGUAUACAAGCAAUUGGAAGAUGCGCAAGUAAUAUAAAAGAGGUGACCGAUACAUGUCUGAAUGGAUUAGUUUCCUUGCUGAGUAACAGAGAUGAAGCUGUUGUAGCAGAAAGUGUGGUGGUUAUAAAAAAACUCUUACAAACUCAACCGAAUGAACAUAAAAAUAUAAUUGCUCAUAUGGCUAAAUUAAUGGACUUCAUAACUAUACCACAAGCGAGGGCAUCGAUUUUGUGGCUCUUGGGUGAAUAUUCCGAUAGAGUACCUAAGAUAGCACCAGAUGUUCUUAGAAAAAUGGCUAAAAACUUUAUAAACGAGCAAGACAUAGUGAAACUACAGAUUUUAAACUUAGCUGUAAAGCUAUGUUUGAAUAAUCCUGGACAAACCAAAGCAUUUUCUCAGUAUGUUUUUCAGCUGGCAAAAUAUGAUCAAAAUUAUGACAUUAGAGAUCGUGCACGCUUUUUAAGGCGUUUUAUUUUUGAUGAGGAUGAUCAGACAAAGAAACUUCUGCAGCUUGCAAAACGAAUAUUUCUCGCUCCAAAACCUGCACCAACUUUAACGUCUAGGUUUAAAAACUCAGAAUUUCAAUUGGGUACAUUAUCACACUAUCUGGACAUGCCAUGUGCUGGUUAUCGGCCUUUGCCACCUUUUCCUAAUGCAGCUCCCGAUCCAUCCGUGAGGGAUAUUGCAAGUACCGAUGUGAUAGACGCAAGAGAAGUAUAUUGUUAUAAAAAAGAUAAAAAAGAUAAAAAAGGAAAGGAGAGAAAAAAAUCAUCUUUUUACAGUGACGAAGAAAGUGUGGUGGAAGAUUUGAACAAUGAAUCUUCAGAUACUUCAACAAAUGACUCUUCGGAUGAAAACAGCGUUUCAUCUGAAUACACAUCAGGCACUAGCAAGUCUGAGAAUGACGAGAAUAACGAGGAUAAGAAGUCUGAUGAUUCUAAUAGCGAGUCAGAUACUGAAUCAGAUUCUGAAGAAACUUCUGAAGAUUCCGAGGAGAGUGAAGAGAAGAAGAAGUAUAAACUUUCAAAUCAAAAAUCAAAAGAAAAACCAAAAAGUAACAUUGAUCUUCUAUUAGAGUUAGACGAUGUCAUUCCAAUAACACCUGUUAUGCCAUUGAGUACAGCAGGUUUUCUUACUCCAAUGAAUUCCAAUAUUACAAAUGAUAUUAGAGAAGUACCAACUUCGUUCAUUCCAGUGAAGAAAUCUGAAUUGUUAAAUAGUAUUACCGGUCAUGGUUUAAAGAUUGAAUACAGGUUUACAAGAUCACAACAUUUAGUAAGCGCUCAUUUUGUUACCAUAGAAUUAACGUUUUCCAACGAAGGUAACGAGCCUAUUAAAGAAAUACAAAUGGGAAUGAAGAAUUUACCAAAAGGUAUGCUGAUCCAUGACUUCACGCAAAUACCAUUACUGGAGAUUAAUUCCAAUUUAUCCUCUACAUUGGGUAUCAAUUUCAAUGACUCUACGCAACCGGCAAAUUUUAGUAUCGAUUUUGCAAUUGGGGAAGAAAAAUAUUCAUGCUCGGUUACUGUUAAACCGCCAAUUGGAGAAAUAAUACGAGCUGUGAUAUUACCAGAACGUAUGUUUACCGAUGAGAAAAUUAAAUUGAAGGGUAUGAACGAACAUGUAGCAAAAGUACAAUAUUCUGGAAAUAAAAAAGCUCUUUCUCAAGCUAUUUUUGAAACUGCAAAUGUUGCAGUGAUAUCUAGCAGUGAUGAAGAAAUCAGAUUUGCCGCCCAUACAUUAGCAUCAGAAUCGUUGGUGUUACUGACAAUAAAAAUGCUAGGUAACGAAUGUUUGGAAAUCAGUGUAAAUUGUGAAAAAAUGGUAAUAGGCUCCAUCUUAUUGAAUGAAUUAAAGAGCAACUUAAAAUGAAUUAAUAUAAAAUAUUUUAUAUUUAUAGUCACAAAUAUAUGCUAAAUAUGUUUACAGUACUUGUAUAAAAUUAUAUAUAUAUAUAUAUAAUUAUAUACACACACAUUAUUUCACAAAUAUAUAUUAAUUAAAUACAAAAAUUUAAGUAUAUGUUAUACCAUUACAAUUUUUAUAAUAAAUUGAAGUUACUGUUUAAAAAAAAAAAUGUACUAAUUCUAUAACUUAUAUUAAAUUA